CUACAGUUGCUAGGUGCUCGCGUGUUUCAACUCUGUUCCGCUGUAGUAAACAGUCCGUGACUACACGGAGCAGCUGUGCAAUGUGCACAGAGAGCAACACAGCUUGUAAACAUACAUGCAUAAACAAUUGCUACUGCGUGUGUGCUGAAAUGAGGGUUGUCGGCUGACAGAGGGCAGUCUACUUUUUCUGCGUGUUUUACUGUAUCAAAAAUGGCGCUGCCAGAUUCUGAAAUGCAUGUCCAGGGGGUGACUGAGUAUCAUUAGUUAUUGAACAAGACAUAGGUCCUCUCUGUCAACCAUGAGUGCACUCGUGGAGCCAGGCGACGUCCACACCAUUGCCCCCGAGAUGCCAGCCAUGUUUGAUAGCAUGAAGCUGGCUGCCGUCGCAACGGUGCUCUAUUUCCUGGUGCGCUGUCUGAAUCUGAAGAGUCCCACGGCUCCGCCUGACAUCACCUAUCGGGACACGCCCCUCAACCGCUAUCUGCUCAAGUCCUGCCCCAUCCUGACCAAAGAGUACGAACCACCGCUGCUAUGGGGGAAGAGUGGACACCUCCAGACUGCCCUGUAUGGGAAGAUGGGGCGUGUCAGCUCCCCAAACCCCUGUGGGGUGCGCAAGUACCUCCUCAUGCAGGAUGGGGCCACUGCCACCUUUGACCUCUUCGAGUCGCUGGGGGACCACCACACUGGAGAUGACAUCACCAUGGUGAUCUGCCCAGGGAUUGGUAACCACAGUGAGAAGCACUACAUCCGUACCUUUGUGAAUCACUCCCAGAGGCAGGGAUACAGGUGUGCUGUUCUCAACCAUCUGGGGUCCCUGCCCAACAUCGAGCUCACCUCACCGCGCAUGUUCACCUACGGUUGUACAUGGGAGUUUGCAGCCAUGGUGGGUUCCAUCAAGCGGGCCUUCCCCCAGACACUGCUCAUCGUGGUGGGCUUUAGCCUAGGAGGGAACAUUGUGUGUAAGUUUCUGGGGGAGAACAGGAUCAACCAGGAGAGAGUGCUGUGCUGCGUCAGUGUCUGCCAGGGAUACAGCGCACUCCGGGCCCAGAAGACGUUCCUACAGUGGGACCAGUGUCGGAGGCUCUAUAACUUUCUCAUGGCAGACAACAUGAAGAAGAUAAUCCUCUCUCACCGGGGCAGUUUGUUUGGAAUGAACUCGAGCAAGAUGGAGGACGCAGACCUGAGCCGACUGUACACAGCUACCUCCCUCAUGCAGAUCGAUGACAAUAUCAUGAGAAAGUUCCAUGGUCACGACACGCUGAAAGAGUACUACGAGAAGGAAAGCUGCGUACACUACAUUCACAAUAUCAAUGUGCCUCUACUGCUGGUCAACUCCGCAGAUGACCCUCUGGUCCAUCGGUCACUUCUGACCAUCCCACGCACACUCGCAGAAAAGAAGCCGAAUGUGAUCUUCGCCCUGACGCUCCACGGGGGUCACCUGGGCUUCUUCGAGGGGGCUGUGCUGUUUCCCCAGCCCCUCACCUGGAUGGACAAGGUUAUUGUGGGCUAUGCCAACGCAAUAUGCCGGUGGGAAAGACACAGACCGCCCUGCCUGAGGACACGUCGUGGACUCUGUUCACAGGCCGACGGGACUCCUAGUUUAUAAGGACACAAAUACGCCCACCGGAGAAGGCCGAAACCUGUAUUCUUCUCUUCAAAUGGGGGACGGGGAUGAUCUAUGGGCACAGUAGCUCACCUGACUUUGUUCUGACUAUAGCUUUGCUUAGAGAAACACAAAAUUCAGCUGCGAAAGCCUUUACCCGUGGACUCCAGUCAGUCGAAUGGAUGGCACUUGCUCGUCUAAAUGUGGAUACACAGUGUAUCCUGCACCUGCUGGUGAACAGCUACAAGACUCCACACUGGCUUAUUUAUUGCUCCGUUCUGUCCAUGGAAAAGACUGGAGAGGAGAUUUAGCUUCUGUGUGCAAAGUCCCAGCCAGCCCCCCUUGGUUCUCACUUGGGUUGCUACUUGGUCCCGACUCUCCUAGCUGUUUGUUCCGAGUGUGUGUACUGUUGUCGUGAGGGUGAAUAUCACUCGGGGGGGUUCAAAUGGGUGCUCUGGGAGGUUGAAACUCUGAAGGCUUUUGUUAAGCAGAGAAAUAGAAUUCCUAGAACAGGCACUUUAUUUAUAUGUUAAGCUUCUUUAGCUCUUUUUAAUAAUUGGGGCCAGGGUCAAAAUCUGGUCUGGCCUCUAGUUCUAGGCUAAUAGGCAAUACUUUCCUGGUCAGAUCAUCGUCUGAGGAAAAACUUCAUUCUGGCCCUAGUGAUAAUAUAUUUUGUCUUCACAUUGUCAAAGUGCCUCAAACAUAAAAAAUAAAAAUAUUUCAAACCAAGAAAGGAUGGUAAUGGUUUAAAGUACUUCAUUACUAUUUUCAAUACGCAGACAUAGUGUUCAAGGACCACACUCUGUAAAUAUCUGACAUUCUGAGGAAGCACCCAAUCCUACCCAGAACACAUUAAUGACAAGUUCCCUUGUCCUAUACUGUAUUCUUGGUGGAACAGCCUCUGAUAUUCUCACUGGUUGGCUUGCACUACACAGCAGUCCACUUCUGAGACUCAAAUACAUCGAUUUUUAUAUAUUUUAACUUGAGUUGUGAGUAUAGGAAUGUUGUUGAUUCUUACAAGCCGAGUGCACUGACUAAAGUCCUUAAUCACAGCCACUGUGAGGCAAGGGUCCACUGUGCUAUUUCAGUCAUUCAGUUGGUUUGCCUGAGUAGCCAAUGUUCAAUGGUACAAUGUCAAUGACACUUUAUUCUGGCAUGCACGUUUUGGAGAUUUCACUGUAGUGGUCUAAAAUGAAAUGGUCUAAAAUGAGCAAACUCCACCCACCUGAGGCAACGGGCGACACAAAACCAGCGCACCCACCAUUGAGCAUUGGUUAUUUGAUUUAACCAAAUAGGGAACUGAUUGUCAAGGUUUGCCAUGAACAAACCUGAAUCAUGAAAAUUGAAGCCACGUUUAGGUUUGUUGCUGUUGUGAAAUAAUAUAUAGGUUUGCGCUACAGAUGUAGACCCCAGUUGUCCUCAAUUGAAAUACCAAAACACCAUGUGACUUGGUCUUCUUCCUUAUAUGGACAAAGCCGCAUGCUUUAUUUUAUUUUUUAAAUAAACACAGAAGGUUGAGGUUACCUUGUGUAAGUUUAGUCUGACAGCGUCUUUGUUCUCGUUUUCCCCUUUUCCAUUUAAUAUUUUCGCUGUUCUUUUUAAGAGAUAUUUGUUGGAAACUGUUUAAAUAAUAAAAAUGGUGUGGUUCCUGAGAUGUAGAGCACAGACUAAGUUGGCUUAAAUACUCUGGUCGAGAUUCAGUCCAAGGCGCAUUGUAGACAAACGUACUUCCCUUUUUGAAGGUAAUUUGCACUUGACCUGACUUCUGAAUGUGAUCUCUACACGUGUCAGGGAAUUUGGGGUUAUGUUGAUCAGUGCGUUUGUCGACAAUGCGCCUUUGAUUGAAUCCCGGGCUCUGUCUUUUUAUUUGCGCUUGUCUGUAUUCUAUUCCAUGUAUAAAAAUGGACCAAGUUACUGUGAUAUCAUUGGGUAGAUGAGAGAAGAGCUGCUGGACUAGGAGCCUUGCAGAGAGAACUAAGGUCAUGUCAUAACUUCCACUAUUUAUCCCUAUGGAAUUCAUCCUUUGUUUGCCUUUUAUUUUGUUUACAACCCCUAUAGAUGUACAAUGCUGUUCAGUCAUUAUAAUGUAGAAUCACAACUUGGCGUGAUGUAUAAAGUAAUUGUGUGUGUUUUGGUUCCGAUAGAUAAGGGUGUGCAAAACGCAAUACAUUUAUGGGGGGGGGACUUUGUAUCCUUGAAAUACACUUUUGUUGUGGA